AGUUGAGGAGCUGUGUGGAUUUGUAGUUUUCUGUUUUGCUCCCAACAACAGAUAACAGUCUGUGUCACUAAAUUGACCACCAACCUGAAUGUGUUUGUGGGAACAUGAAUGUUUUGAGUCUUUGUGCAUGAUGUGAAGCAGAUUUAGUGGAUCUGCCGUCAGCUUUAAAUCCAGAACAUGAAAGCACACAGCAGCUUGAGCUGAGCUGUCAGUCAGCAGCAGCAGCCUUAUCUGUGGGCCGCUAACAGGGGCUGAUGGGAGCUUUGAGGAGCUGUUAGAAAGCACGUGGCCUGCUCUGCUCUCACAGCUCGUCCUUGUUUGGCCUCAGCUGCAUCACAGCUCCACUUGUGCUCAGCUUCUCCAGAGGAAACACCACUGCACAAGAUGCUUCUCCUCCCAGCUGCUGCUCUGUGCUGUCUGUGUUCAGCGCUGGUUGCCAUGGCAGCACAGCUGAUUCAGGACGAUUUGACUUUGACCAGGAGAGUCGGUCAAUCAGCCUCCUUCAGCUGUCGACAAACUGAUCAGUGUGAUCACGAGUAUGUCGACUGGUUCCAGAAGACAAAAGCAGAAACAUUCAGAUGGAUUUUUGGUAUUCAUAGGAGGGAUGGUCAACUAUAUUCACAUUCCAAUCAUCCUCAGAAAAAUGAUUUCUCAUCUGUGAAGAUAGAAAACAGCUGGGGGUUGAAGAUAGAGAAAGCUAAACUCCAACAUUCAGCCACCUACUACUGCGCCUGUUGGAAGGGUGUUCCCCACAUUGACACCUUUGGCUCUGGAACUAAACUGUAUGUAACAGGUGAGCAGGUAGUGAAGCCCGUGGUGAGCGUGUACCCAGCAGCAUCCAGAGUCCACCUGGAGGGGAGCAGCUCCCUGCUGUGUCUGGCCUCAGCCAUGUUUCCUCCUCUGGUCCGCUUCUCCUGGAAAAGACAGAAGGAGGACGGCCAGCUGGAGGAUGUGGACCCUGCUGAGGGAGAGCAGCUGGAGAUCAGAGAGCCGGGACGCAGCGCCUCCAUCUUGCUGAUCCAUCAGCAACAGGACAGCACAUAUAAAUACAGCUGCUACGUCCAGCACGAGGGGGGACCAGUGGAGGCCCAGACACAACAAGAGCUUCCUAAGCUUCAACAACCAACAGAUUCUCCAGCAGCCUCUGUUCCUUCUGAGUCUCAGGUGAAUCUGCUCUGUCUGCUGUCCACAGUGCUGAUAGUGAAGAGUCUGGUGUUCUGCUGUGGACUCUCUCUGCUGAUGAUCCUCACAAACAAGGGACCGUCCACCAACUGCACACAUGCUGACUGACUGUUUGCUGCUGGACUUUUCUCACCGUCACAUCUCAUCAAUACGUCUCAUUCAUCUCUUUGAUCAGUGAUCAGAAAUGAUAGCUUUGACGUGUUGUUUUUGGCUGUAAAAUGCUUCUCUUAACUCACAUGUUUGAUCUUCAUCCUGUAAACACAGAUAUUCACAAAUAUAUUUUCAGUUUUUCUGUUUAAAUUCUGCAGGACAGUGUUGCUUUGAUGUUCUGGUCUUGUAAUCUCUUGAUAAAGUUUGAUGUAAAGUGCAGCAGAUUGAUCAAUAAACUCAAAUAGUUACAGUA